UGUAUCUUUAGGAAUACUUGCCUUGUGUUGAUGGAACUAUAUGGGCUUUUGUUCUAAAGCAGGAGUCUCCAAUCCUGGUCCUGGUGGGCGGUGUCCUUCCUGGUUUUUGUUCCAACUGUACCCCAAGUUAUUUAAUUGGACUAAUUAAGUGCUUAUUAGAAGCUUAGUUGGUUCAAUUCAUUAAUGUAGUGUACAGUUAGAACAAAAACCAGGAGGGACACUGGCCCUCCAGGACCAGCAUUGGAGACUCCUGGUCUAAAGGGUUAUAAUUUUUUGUGAAAGUGGCUUCAAAUCAGCAGAGAACAGUAAUUAUUGAAAUACAUUUUAAUCCCCACACCCUAAGUUGACUGUCUGGGUUGUAUUCAAAUGAAUACAUAGCGUUUCUCAGUCCAGAAUCUUCUAUACAGUAUUUAGGCACAUCUUAACUAAAAUCACUGUGUUUAUGUGGUCUAACAAAUGAAUACUGUUUUAUAUUUAUAAAAUUCACCAAGGACCCACAACUUAGCUGUUUGUUUUUUACAUAGCUCUCCUUUUUAUGUGCUAGCGUCUUUCUGUUUAUCAAUUAUUUUAAUACCCAGGUUAAUGCCUACACAGCUGAUAGCUCUGGAAUCAUUAGCCUAUUAUUCUUAAAUACAGUAGAAACCGAGGUAAGACAAAUUCAGUAGAAGGUUCUGUCUGUAAAUAUUCUGUUUGUCAUUUUUAAAGGCUUUCCCUUAUCUGUUAAGAUUGUGUACAACAGGCGUGCCAGUGUUACAGUGUUUGCAAAAGAGUGUGGAUGGCGUUUUCAGCCGGAUCUUAGGUUCCGGGUUUUUGAACCGCUAUUCCUCUUGCUUCAAAAAUGUGGUUACUGUACAUCCAAGAGAGUGACGUGUGAAAGAAGACACAACACUGAUACAAGAAGUGGUAGAACAGUCCGCUUGUAAUGCUUUUCAUAAAAAAAAAUAGAAUUCUGUCUUAAAGUUGACAUUAAAAAAAACAAUCAUGCAACACUAAAGUGGAUUUCUUUUUCAUUCAUUUGAAGUCAGAUCAGGUACGUCUUGAGCAGGAUGAAAAUGAAGGCGUUCUACCUGGAUAACUGUGACUUGCUGAUGAAGUUCUGGUUCGUCUCCCUGAUAACCCUGUGCAGAUGUAUAUCCAGCACACCAAUGGACCACGUCAUGCUUCUGAAUCCUCCAAAAGAGCUUGUGCCUGCACACUCCCUCCGAGUCCAGUAUUCCUGUUCCAGAUCUGCUAUCGUCUACCUGGAUGUGCUGGCUUCUUCAGAAACCAGGAUCGGCGUCAACAUCUUCAGACGGCGAUGGCGUUGUGUGGUGGAUCAUCCCAGGAUCAAGGUCAUCCAGCUGGAUCUGCCAGACCGGAUUAUCUACCGGGAUGACUGGAAGAUCAGGAAUUCGGUGUGGCUGCUGAGCGCCAUGCUCCGAGCCUGGGUCUCCAGUGAUGGUGAUGAGUCAUACGCCAGCGCCUCAGCCAGGGCGAUUGUCCUUCUCCAGCCCUUGCCCCUGUUCAGCCGCCCAUUGAAAGAGCACAGCCUUUGCCCGCGCUGGGAUGUUGAGCUGCUCUGGAGGCUCCACAAGGAUACCAUCCCAAAAUGCAAAGCAGAGCCAGAGGUUGCCCAUUUCCUGAAGUUUGUUUACGCCUCAUCCGGAGAGAACUUUGGGAUUGUGAGGACACUAAAUCCCUAUGGAAACAAGGCUCUGGAGCAAAUGAGGCAAAGAUCUACCACAUUUCCAAGGUGUACCUUCUCCACGUGGAUAUACCUGACCCAGUCCUGUAGGUGGCGCUUCUGUGGGGUUCUGCAUCACCUGGACUGGAACAAUAACUAUGCCAGUCCGGCCAUCUUCAUCACUCACACAGGGUCGCUCCACAUUCAGGUGCAGCAAGUCUCUGGGAAAUCUGCCGCUCUUCUUAGUGAGUUCAAGGUGCCCCUGUUCCAGUGGUGUCGCAUUGACACGGAGCUCCAAGCCAAGCAGGUCAACGUCACUAUGGUGUGUGUAGGAGAUCAAAAAACACUUCACAGCACGGUUCACACGUUUGGUGGGGUUAUCCAGCUGGACGACACAGAAGGCUAUUUUGUGCUGGGAGGAGGGCGGUUUGUCCGGGGUAUAGAGGGGUUUUACGGCCCGUCUGUCUACCAUCGCAAUGGAUUCUCUUCUGCCCAUCAGCUGUCUGAGCUCAGCCUCCCUGAGCCUAUCAGAUCUCUGGAUUUCGCUGGCUGGUUUAACUCGUGCUGGGCGUUUAAAGAUGAGCUCUUACAGAAGAGGAGGGGAUAUGCGAUGAGAGCCCAGCUGGAGGGAGAGGCUGCCAGCUGUAGUAAUGUGUACACAGAAUGGUUUUCCAGGAGUGAUCCAGCCCCUCCACUACCACAGUGUCUCCAGUGGGAGGCGCCAGUUCACCCUCGACGACGCCCUGUCACCAGGCUCAUCCAGCAAAUGGCAGCCAGAAAUGUGUGGAAUAAUAAUUGCAAUAAGGGGCGAUGUCAGUCUGACAGCCAUAUGCACUGCCUCUCUCUCUCUGUGUCUCAUCCAGGGGGGACAGGUCGUCUGGACCUGGUGGGGAAGAAACUGUACACUCUGUUCCUGAGGAGAGUGACGCAGGAUGGAGGGAUAGCCAAGGUUAGGCCCCUGAUGCCACUUCUGUUACAGGCUGGGUGUCUCGGGGACCACAGCGCCCUCUACCUCUCAGCAGUCCUCUAUCACACUGGUUUUGAAGUCAACAAAAUACCUGGCAAGGCUGUGCUGCUGUCUCUCUUGGCAGCCCAGCAGGACUCCCGUCUGGCUCUGCUGCGUCUUGGGAACCUGCAUCACUUGGGGGAGUCCGGUCUUCCGGUUGACCAUGCCCUUGCCUAUGCCUACUACUCCAACAUGGCGGCACAAACCUUGAUAGACAAGCAGCACCCCAGCCCAGGACAGGCAUAUGUGGAGUCGAUUCGUCUGAUCGACGAGGAGGUCUUGAAGCAACAGACCAGCGAGAAUGACGACCUCUUCCUGUGGCUCCGGUUUCAAGCACGGAGAGGCGUGGCAGAUGCCCAGCAAAAUCUGGGGCGGAUGCUGUUUUGGGGUCAACAGGGGGUGUCCCCCAAUCUACAGGCAGCUGUGAAAUACUACAAGGCAGGUGCGAGAAAGGAAGAGAACCCUGUGUCCAUGUAUGACUAUGCCAUCGUCCUUCUCAAGGGACAUGGAGUGGAGCAGGAUAUCCCAAAGGCUCUGAAAUUCCUUAACAAAGCAGCAAAGCAGGAUUUCGUCCCUGCGAUCAACGCCCUGGGCUGGUACUACGAGCGCUUCGAGCAGGAUUACGAGAGGGCGGUGCAGUUUUGGGAGCGGGCUGACGAGAUGGGGAACCCAGAGGCACCCUUCAACCUAGGGGUCAUGUACUCCCUGGGGCUGUAUCCAGGGAAACGUGCUGACCAGUUUAUGGCUUACAAAUAUUACCUGAAGUCUGCCAGGAGAGCACACACAGACGGGGCGAUCCGACUGGCUGACGUGUGGAUCCGAGGGAUUCCUGGCCUGGUACCCAGGCUGCCUCUGGACGCUGUGCUGUGGACCAAGUGGGCGUCAGAGCAGAAUGGUUACCUGGGAGCUCUGCUGAGGAAGUCCCUCGAAGCCUACCUUCGCCAGGACUGGUCUUCAGCCCUGAUUCAUUACCUGAUGGCCUCCGAGUCUGGCUUUGCUGUGGCACAGUUCAAUCUGGGGUACUUGUGUGAGCAGCACGCGGGCAGCCUCCUAAGUCCAGCCUUCCGUUCUGAGUGUGUCUGGAGAUACUACAACCUGUCCACAUACAGUCAGGACCCAGCUCCCUAUGCGUUGAUAAAAAUGGGGGAUCUGUUAUAUGCUGGACACGAGCAGAGGAAGAGAGAUGUGAAGGCGGCUGCAGAGAUGUACAAACUGGCUGCACUGAGGGAUGAGGCCCAGGGCUGGUACAGUUUGGGGCUGCUGGUCCAGGAGGGGGUGGAGCUCCCCAGAGCCCUGCUGACAGAGCUGGGCUUGGAGGAGCCCCUCAGAGCUGACAACCACAGCGUCCUCAUUGAGCUCUUCCGCAGGUGCAGAGACCAUGAAAAUGCAGAGUCCUACCUGCCCUGCAGUCUGGCUCUACUGAAUGCUCAGCUGCAGCUUGUUUUGAGGCACCACAGCGCCGCCCUAAAGUUCACCAGUGCCAUUGGCAUGGCAAUCGUCUCCAUUGUGACUGUCCUCACGACCCUGGGAAGGCUGAGGGGCCUGACAUCACACAAUGGGCUGAGAGUGUGACCCCCACCCCCGAGUGGAGCUGGGGCGCAGGAGGUUUACAAAAGAGGAUCCAUUAUGGAAUGGCUGCCACAGAAGACUUUUGUUUUCCCAUUAAAAACCCUGACUCAAGAAACAAGACACACUCUUCAAGUUUGAUUCAGGAAGUCGUUCUUGAUGAGCGCGCUCUCUGCAAAUGGGUUUAUUCAGGUCUCAAAGACAGCGGCUAACGAAGAGUCACAAAUGCAGGCUCAAACUAGUGAACACACAUAUAGAGGGGUCCUCAUGAUCUCAGUCUACAUCAUGUUUACCAGCUAUGGGUGUGUCAGAAUGACGGACAUUAUCAGUGCAUUUUUAAUGUGCACCCUAAAGGGAAGCAGCACAUGAUAUCUCUUUAUUAUCAGCCUGUUGUCCUGAGCACAGUUUUUACAUUGAGGCAGGUAUAUUCUACUUGGGGAAAUUGACACCAUUCCUUUGAAUUAGGGGCUCAAAAUAAUGGAUUUGUAUCUGAUGCCAGUAACGCUGAUCAAUGGAAACACAAACCAAUACCAAUACUGGGCCACUGUGUCCAAACCAUCAACAUCAACUGGGCUUCUUGUAGGUCCAGUCCCAGCUCAGUUGCUGACUCACUAGUGUAAGACAAACACAUUAACACUUUGUGCCUCUGUCCCACCACAGAUUGAAGAUCCUUCCCCUUUAAACAUCAUGGUGAAAAAUGAGACAGAAAAGAACUUGGCAGACUGGUGUAUAAACAUCCUAAAUAUGGCUUUGCAGGACUUGUGCAAUUAAGAACUAAAUAGCAAGUAAUAUUGACAGUGGCCAGUAAGCCAGCUUCUGGUUUUCAAUGGUGGAAAUGUCACCAGUGAGGACUGUGUACAUCGUGUUUGGUUUCAUUCCCCAGCUGGGUUACAUCCCAGCAUGUUUGAAUACAAAACAAAUGUGAUCGUGUUGAAAGUAUAUCAGCACAAUAUGUACAACACAGGAUAAUGCGUUUGUAAGUACCAUAAUGUGUUUGUUGUAAACUUCAGGGUGUUUUGUAAAUGUGAGAUUCCAGAAUUCAGUGUACAUGUUAAAGUCUGUCAUUUCAAAAACUAUGAUGUGGUGCCUUUAUUCCUUUCACAAGCCAGGUUGUGUGCUGCUGUAUUCCAGUUAUUUUUUUCCUCUACUUCUCUAGUAGUAGACAAUCAAACUCAGUGUUUAAAAAGCAGUACUGCAAAGGCAAAAUAAAUGAUGUUAAUUUA